CGCUGCUGCGUCCGCGCACUCUUAGAUACGGUUCAGACUAUUUCAAAUAUAUCUCAGUCAUCAAUAAUGAUGAUAACUACUCAAACAGCUAUAUAGUAUUACAAAAUAUCACUCAAAGUGAUAUCAAUAAUCGCCGAUAACCAUAGUCAACAAUGAAGAAAAAUUUCAACAAACUUCGAUCGAAGAUAGCAAAAUUCAAUGCUAAGGAGGUACAAUCACUCCCCUCCAAUUCUGUACCGAUAGCUCCCCAAGAUCCAUCAUCCAUCGGUCUUAAAACCAUCUAUGAUUCAUUCGAUGCAACUAUCGAGUAUGUCUUCUCAUUCUUGUGUAUCAUCUGAACUAAAUGUUCUCAGCAUCAUAGCCAUUCAUGGUCAAAACGGCCAUCCCAUCGAGUCCUGGACAAAUAGGGACAAUGGAGUACUUUGGCUACGAGAUCUGCUACCGGGAGUUUUAGAAACAAAUCCAGGCGUAAAGGUCCGAGUUCUUAGUUAUGGAUACGCGCGGAGUGAUCCAGUUGAGAGUAUUGGCGCUAGAUUAGUGGAUAGCAUUAAUGAGCUACGAAAUCAGACGAACAGUGAAGGAAGAAAAAUAAUUUGGUGUGCGCAUAGUUUUGGGGGUCCUUUGCUACGGGCUGUAAGUAUCAUUCUAUCGCUGGGUCACCGACUUUGAUUUGCCUUUCUUUAGUAUGCUAAGGAAGAGCUCAUGCUAACAAGCUCAGGCAAUGACCAUUCUUCCCGCCUCCAGCGAUAUCCAAGUAUCAACUCACGCCAUUUUAUUUUUCGGGGUAGCAAAAAAUAUGGGAUUAGAAAAUUUGGAUAUGAUGCUUGCAUUGCCAGAAACUUCUUUGAGCAAGGAGAUGGGAGGUUUGAGGAAAGAGAUGUUGUGGUUGAAGAUGGGAAGUGAAGGAUUUGAUAGCUUGAAUGAGCAAAUGGGUUGGAGGAUUGUGUGGUUUAGGGAGGUGGCGAGUAAGGGAGAGAAGGUUAAAAUUCUGGACAGGGUGGAUGGUGGGGAGGAAAACAAAGGAGACGGGUACUGUGAGAGGGAGAUGGUGGUUAGAUUGGGUAAGACGCAUAGUGCUAUGGUAGGAUUUGGGGAUGCUGAAGAUGAAGAUUUCAAGGCUGUGGUUGAGAAGGUAAGGGAGAUGGUUGAAGGAGCGCUCAUAUAGUCACUCUUCCUAACUUUACCAUUCAUAACCUCCUAAGUCUUAGAACAAACCCCUUCGGACAAAUAUCCUAGGUGUUGACUGUACCACCAGUGUACCUUGACGCAAUUAACCUAAACUUUUACCAUCGAAUAUCUGUCCUCGAUUGAACUUGAGCAUUACGCUUUGUUCAUGUUUGCAAAUCUUGCAAGAGAACUGUCAUAGUCUCACAUGUAAUUUUCCAAUGUACCGCAAGGGUAC